CGGUGUUAUAACAGUAAACAUCAAGUGGUACUGUUCUGUAUCUUCAUUUAAGAUACUUAUAAAAUUAAAUAUUUUUACGCUUAAAUAAAUCUUUAGAAAUGGCUGCUCCUCCUCCUCCUACACCUUACAGGUUUUCCAGUGAUGAAAUGAGAGUACUUCAGGAGUGCAAUAGAGAAUCUUUUUAUCAAAGAUGUUUACCUCUUAGUACACUCUUUGGUGUUGGCACUUACCUGGGUGUAAAUUCAGGUUAUUUGAAGCCUAAUCCCAGAUUUGGUGCUGUGCCAAAAGUAAUUGGUGCUGUUAUUGCUGGCUAUUUGGUGGGAAAAGUAUCUUACCAAGGAAAAUGUGCAGAAAAACUAAUGGCCCUGCCUGACAGUAAAAUUGGUGCCUUACUCAGAAACCGCCGUUAUGGCGGUUCUUCCCAGAAUUCAUUAACACUGGAAGAUCAUGACCUUGAAAAAGUUUUAACCAAUAUCCCUGAGUCAGAGAAGCUUUCAGAUAUAUCAAAUAAAGGCCUCAUGGAUUUAGAUACUGAUAGACCUCUCUCAUCUGGGUUUGAUGAUUUCAGACCUAAUUUAGAUGAUGUUCAAAUGGAAGAUAGUAUUCCCUCUCCUGACCGAAUGAGAAGUACUAGUUAUGAUGAAUUAAGAAGGAGAAACCGGGAGGAAUAUGAACAAAAGAGGACCAAGCCUUAUAGAGGUGUGGUUACUCCAGAAGAAGUGCCGACUGUCCUUAACCCUUCAGAUAUGUCGCCAAUCGAUACAUCAUCAAAUCCUUCCAACAUUUAUGGGGAUAGGUGGGAAAAGUAGGGUUUUAAAAAAUGGAAAUUUUAAUAAAUGUGUAAAAAAAUAAUGUAAUGUUUAUGUAGAAUAGUUAUUAUAUUUGGUCAUUGUUGUCAAAAAUGGAUAAUACAGUUGUUAUUUAAUUUUU